GAGUACAAUGAAACACUCUGGAGUAAUUGUAGUAGCUGGGGGUGAAAGAUAGGUCUCGUUUUGCUUCUGUUUUACUAGUUUUCCUGGACUUCAGGUUCGGGCAGAAUUCUGGGUACCCUGAAGUCCUUUGUUGUGACUCUCCCAGGCAUGUGAAGGAGUGGGUGAGGCACGGCACUGGUCAGGGGCUGUAAACCAGCAGGCAGCAAAGGGCUGUGGGCAGCUCUAGGUGCUCAAAUUCACUCAGAUUAGACUUCUAAAAGUCAGUCAGUAGAUACAAACACAUGUAAAUAUCAUUAAUAAUAAUCAGCUGGCUUUAUAUAUUAAUCUCUGAUGCAUAUCAAUCUGCAAUUCGCUUUGAUUGAGUUCUUUUCAGAUGAAGUUGUUCUCCUGUGGUUAUAACCCCUUUUUGAGUGGCUUAGAGAAAUCAAGGUUUUCCUUAUUUAGCUGCUCUCACCUGCUGCGACGAUGGACAGCGAGGUGCAGAGGGAUGGCAGGAUCCUGGAUCUGAUUGAUGAUGCGUGGAGGGAAGAUAAAUUACCCUACGAGGAUGUGGCCAUCCCUCUGAAUGAGCUCCCUGAACCAGAGCAAGACAACGGUGGCACAACUGAGUCUGUGAAAGAGCAAGAAAUGAAGUGGACAGAUUUGGCUCUCCAGUAUCUCCAUGAAAACGUUCCACCCACGGGAAAUUAGUGGAUCAGUGGGAUUUCAAACAGUGCAUGCACGAAUGCAACGUAAAAAUAUUUUUCAGCUGACCACUGCUGUCAUAAACUGCCCUAAGGAGGAAACAAAAUUUCAGAAGCUUUCAGAUUCCAACAGUUCUGCUCACAAUGAAGAGUUUAAAAUGCUUCUUUCUUGAAUGUGAAACAGUAGAGACUGACAUCUCAAAGCCAAAUUCAAAAUGUUUCAUGCUUAUAAGAUUAUUUCAUGUUUUCUGUUAAAUUGUUCUUAAGUUGGUGCCAAUUCUGAUCUUAAAUGUUUUCUAUGCAUGAUUAAAAAGUUUUUACUGUCUCAAA